AUGGCUUCCGACAUGCGAAGAUUAUAUGAUGCCUCGCUCGAGUUGUCGCAAGACGGAUGUCCUGGUGGUGAAACAUACCGAUCAUUAUCUAUGCACUACAUCCAAUGUAGUAUGCCUGGCACGGCUACAGAGAUUGCAUGGUUUGUCCGUGAGCUGAAAGAUGAACCUGCUCGGUCCGUGAAGCGUGUCCAACAAGACAAGUCUCGAUCCGAUACUAAGAAAAGGAAAUUACGUGAGGAUAAGAAAGUUAGCAUAGGUUCGCUACUGGGAAGCUUUACCUGA